GCGCGCGCGCAGGCCCAGCCCUCGCCGCCGCCGCCAUUUUAGCUCCUGGUUCCGGCCGCACGGUGUAGGCUGUUGUAGCGGGAGGGGUGGGGGUCCUCCAGAGUUAAGUAGCUGCCCUCGACUGUACCAAUACAGCCGCCAGCUUCUUUUUCUUCUUCCUUCAAAUCCGCGCGCUUGCAGAGUCCGAAGAUGUCCAAGCGGCACCGGUUGGACCUGGGGGAGGAUUACCCCUCCGGCAAGAAGCGUGCGGGGACCGAUGGGAAGGAUCGAGAUCGUGACCGGGAUCGUGAAGAUCGGUCUAAAGAUCGAGACCGAGAACGUGAUAGAGGAGAUAGAGAGCGGGAGAGGGAAAAAGAAAAGGAGAAGGAAUUGCGAGCUUCGACUAAUGCUAUGCUUAUCAGUGCUGGAUUACCACCUUUAAAAGCUUCCCAUUCAGCUCACUCAACCCACUCUGCUCAUUCAACACAUUCGACACAUUCUGCUCAUUCAACACACACCGGACAUGCAGGACACACAUCACUUCCACAGUGCAUUAAUCCAUUUACCAACUUACCCCAUACUCCUCGAUACUAUGAUAUUUUAAAGAAACGGCUUCAGCUCCCUGUUUGGGAAUACAAGGAUAGGUUUACAGAUAUUCUGGUUAGACAUCAGUCCUUUGUACUGGUUGGUGAGACUGGGUCUGGUAAAACAACACAGAUUCCACAGUGGUGUGUGGAGUACAUGCGAUCAUUACCAGGACCCAAGAGAGGAGUUGCCUGUACCCAACCCAGGAGAGUGGCUGCAAUGAGUGUGGCUCAGAGAGUUGCUGAUGAAAUGGAUGUGAUGUUGGGCCAGGAAGUUGGUUACUCCAUUCGAUUUGAAGACUGCAGUAGUGCAAAAACCAUUCUUAAGUAUAUGACUGAUGGGAUGUUACUUCGCGAAGCUAUGAAUGAUCCCCUCCUGGAGCGUUACGGUGUAAUAAUUCUUGAUGAGGCUCAUGAAAGGACAUUGGCUACAGAUAUUCUCAUGGGUGUUCUGAAGGAAGUUGUAAGACAGAGAUCAGAUUUAAAGGUUAUAGUUAUGAGCGCUACUCUGGAUGCAGGGAAAUUCCAGAUUUACUUUGAUAACUGUCCUCUCUUAACUAUUCCUGGGCGUACACAUCCUGUUGAAAUCUUUUAUACUCCUGAACCAGAGAGAGAUUAUCUUGAAGCAGCCAUUCGAACAGUGAUCCAAAUUCACAUGUGUGAAGAGGAGGAGGGAGAUCUUUUACUUUUCUUAACUGGUCAAGAGGAAAUUGAUGAAGCCUGUAAGAGAAUAAAGCGUGAGGUUGAUGAUUUGGGCCCUGAAGUUGGUGACAUUAAAAUCAUUCCAUUAUACUCUACACUUCCGCCUCAGCAGCAACAACGCAUUUUUGAGCCUCCGCCUCCAAAAAAGCAGAAUGGAGCGAUUGGAAGAAAGGUAGUUGUGUCAACUAACAUCGCAGAAACAUCUUUGACAAUAGAUGGUGUGGUAUUUGUGAUCGAUCCUGGAUUUGCAAAACAGAAGGUGUACAAUCCUCGUAUCAGAGUUGAGUCCCUUUUGGUGACAGCCAUUAGUAAAGCUUCAGCUCAACAGAGGGCUGGUCGAGCUGGGCGUACCAGACCUGGGAAAUGCUUCAGACUUUAUACCGAGAAAGCUUACAAAACAGAAAUGCAGGAUAACACCUAUCCUGAGAUCUUGCGUUCUAAUUUAGGAUCAGUAGUGUUACAGUUGAAGAAGCUUGGUAUUGAUGAUUUGGUGCAUUUUGACUUUAUGGAUCCACCAGCUCCGGAAACUCUGAUGAGAGCCCUAGAACUUUUGAAUUACCUGGCUGCUUUAAAUGAUGAUGGAGAUCUGACCGAAUUGGGAUCCAUGAUGGCAGAGUUUCCUCUAGACCCACAGCUCGCUAAAAUGGUUAUUGCAAGUUGUGACUACAACUGUUCUAAUGAGGUCCUAUCUAUUACUGCUAUGUUGUCAGUCCCACAGUGUUUUGUUCGCCCCACGGAGGCCAAGAAAGCCGCAGAUGAAGCCAAGAUGAGAUUUGCCCACAUAGAUGGAGAUCAUCUGACACUGCUGAACGUCUACCACGCUUUUAAACAAAAUCAUGAAUCGGUUCAGUGGUGUUAUGACAACUUCAUUAACUACAGGUCCCUGAUGUCAGCAGAUAAUGUACGCCAGCAGCUGUCGAGAAUUAUGGACAGAUUUAAUUUGCCUCGUCGAAGUACUGACUUUACAAGCAGGGACUAUUAUAUCAAUAUACGAAAAGCUUUGGUUACUGGGUAUUUUAUGCAGGUGGCACAUUUAGAACGAACAGGGCAUUACUUAACUGUGAAGGAUAACCAGGUGGUUCAGUUGCAUCCCUCUACUGUUCUUGACCACAAGCCUGAAUGGGUGCUUUACAAUGAGUUUGUUCUUACAACAAAGAAUUACAUCCGGACGUGUACGGAUAUCAAGCCAGAAUGGUUGGUGAAAAUUGCCCCUCAAUAUUAUGACAUGAGCAAUUUCCCACAGUGUGAAGCAAAGAGACAGUUGGACCGCAUCAUUGCCAAACUUCAAUCCAAGGAAUAUUCACAGUACUGAAUUCAGUGCUUAGAACUGAAGUUAUUCAGAGGACAGCUUUAAAAGAUGAAUGAACUCAAAAGUUCAAGUUGUGCUCUUCACGUUGGUUCAAUAAUGGCCUUUAUUUGAAAGCUUUUUAAUUUUUCUUUACAGUAAAUAUUCCAUUCUGAUUUCAUAAAUUAAACAUUUAUGCCUCCCUUUUGUGUUGACACUGUAGCUCAUACUGGAAAAGUCGAUCAAUGUUUUGCAGUUUAUUGAAAGUAGUUCUAUAUAUAACAAUGUUAUAAGCAUUUCUUUAGAAAUGGUUGAAAAUGCUUCUAAAAUGUGAUUAUCGACCAUGGUAUGCAUGAUCGUUGUAAUUGUUGACAUUCCUUUUAGAAGUUGUGAAAUGUUACAACUUGUGCUUAUGUAGACACAAUCUUCUGUCUCAGUACAGAGGCACUGACUUCAAUAAAGUCUAUUUAUACUAAUUUCAGCCAAAGCACUUUGAUAUCUUUGUUCUAGUCUCUUUAUGGCUUCUUCUCAAGCAUGGGGCUAUUUUUUUAAAUUGUAAGUAUACCAUGAUUACAUACUUAGCAUCGGUCCACAAUCUUUCCUACUUCCGUAGAGAAAGUAGUCAUUAAAGCAGUAUUUUCAAGAACAUAGUGUGGCACUUUGUUAGGUUAAUCAGGGUGUGGUCUAAUGGGAUAAAAGUAUAUGGUUUUCAUUCACAAGGCAGAGUAAUGAAUAGCUUUCUCUGGUCUUAAAGUUUAUUUCAUAAGGCUGAUUUUGCACCACAUUUUUAGUAGAUCUUUUCUAUACAAGAGAAACACCCUAGCUUCUGAAACCAACAUGUAUUUGUAUUAAGUAGAUAGUAGGGAGUGAUGUUAUGUUACAGAUCUUAGUCCAUUUUACUAGAGUCUUGGUGUUGGAUAGUUUAUGCAGUCUACAAAGUAAUUAGUGUGUUAAAAUGUGAAUUUGACUUUCCAUUUCCUGUGACAGGCAGUAGACAAGUUAAAAACACCUUUUUAACAGCAAAUGAGGUGUUUGGUGUGACCCAUCAAAGGGCCUGUAAUAAAUCACUUCCUUUCACUUAAAGAUUAAAUACUGUACUCAUUAAUGUCUGGACUCCCGUCUUCUCUUCCUCCCUCUCUUUUACAAAUAUUUAAAUGUUAAAGGGAAUUUAUAGGUGUGUGUAGUUGGAAUUUAAAUGUACCUUGAAGCAUACAUCUUAACGCAGUUUAAGGGCGUUAAUUGGGCAGAUUAGAAUUUUUCAGGCUGUAUACUUUUUAGUGUGUAGGUAGCUGUUCUUAAACGAUGCCGGUGGCUUAGAAGAGUUCAGAUGCUUCUGGAAAUGCCUCAUGUUCUUUUCAUGGAAUAAUUUACAUGCUGAGAUGAUAUUUUAGGUUACCCUAACAAUUUAUUCUGCUUUAAGUAUUGGCAACAUUAUCUGCUAGAAUUUUUUUAUUUUUAUUUAUUUAUUUUUUUUUAGAUUAUGUUAAGAAAAUCUGGGCACUUAGAUUUGUUUCCCCUAAACCGGCACCUUUUGCCAAAGUAUUAUGUUGCAUUUUUUUUUCAGUUGCAUCUUCUUAUAAUGUGACCAUCUAUCUAGUUUUAAAUAGAUGUCAGUGUCGCGUGUGUAUUGUUUAAUCUUGUGCUUUUUAAAAUCCUAAAUGAGACCAUUAAGUUUUCUUCACGAGAAACUCAAGUUGCCAUGCUGAUGUAAAGAACGCAGGUUGGCAUUUGGCAGAGUUUCUAGGAGCAGCCAGUGCUCUUUACAUCUUGGUAAGUGAUGAGUGUGCACUGGGAGUGGCUAUGUGGAAACGGUAGCGCGAGCUGAGCUCUUUUUUAUUCUGCCCUCAUGCCCACCCCACUGUUCAGUUUUGCAAGCCCGGCCACAUCUGACCAAAGCUGUGAGUCUUAAGCACUGAUGUUAUUCACAAAGGUGUGGCUCUUAAAACUGGUGUCCUUUAACCCAUUUAUUGUAGGCUUGCCAAUUGGAUACAAAAAUGGUUACAAUUUCCCUUGUUUACCUAGGUGGUUACAACUAUCAAAUGAAUCCCCUCAGUGGUGUGGAACAAGAAAAUUAAAUGUAAAACGUUGUCCCUAAUACUGCGAAAAUCUUUCUUGAUGAUCUUGUUUUCUUGAAGAAUUCUUGCCUCAAAAUAGUGGAGCUGCUUUUUGUUGUGAAUGUAGCAUAAGAAAGGAAGGCCAUCAGCAAGUAGAGAUUUGGCAACAAGUUGAGGAAAUGAACUCAACGUGGGGGAAUAGGACGAAAUACACCCCUCCAGUCACACUACUUAGCCAGAACCCCACAAAACAGAAAGCAUAUGACUUAGUCGUAGGAUUUGAGGCUUGUAAGGUAACACAAACACCUUCAGAUUCUCUUGUGCAUAAUUUUGAUGGCUAUCUCCUGUGUUCAGAUACUUUAAAGAAAACCAUUACUUUCGAAGACAUCUUAAUAGUUUGCUAGAAAUGCUGAGUUAAAAUUUCUUUCUCUGUGACUAAUUGUUCCUAUUUCUUGCUUUUAGAGCAAAGUUAGUUAAAUAAGGAUGUUUGUUUUACUGCAUGAUGCUAUUUAGAUACUUAACUUUGUCUUCUUUCUUUACUCUGAUUUAGGCCGAAGAGCCUGUUUUCCCCUCUUCGGUAUGGUUGCUAGAUAAUCCUGAAUAUUCCUGAUUCUGCUAGGUAUUCUUUGGAUUGUAGUCAGUACUGUGGUCUCAACUGGGCAGUAGCCAGUACUGUGGUCUCAACUGGAACUUGUAUUUCUCAGGGGACCAGACAGGACAUCAUUUCUGUUAAUGCAGCUUAUGAUCACAUUAACCGUUCAAACAUCCGCCGCAUACUUUUGGUUCAUAUUAAUCUUACCGUAAAUUUCAGGUCUCUAAUUUUUAUGUGAUAGUUUGGCAUGUGGCUCAGGGCCAAGAAAAGACCCUCACAGACCGUGGGCAUUGAUAAUCUUCAGAGACCUCACCAUCUAGUGAAUUUAAAAAUAAAGUUGACAGAUUUGGUAUGUACCUAUUUAAGCAAUGAUUUGAAUUUUAAAACUUCCUUUUAUCUUAGAGAAGGGGGGGGGGGGGGGGAGUUGUGUUCUUAGGUAUUUAGAGUGAUGCGCCAGCCCUGUACCGAUGGGUAAGAUGGCCCCGUAGAGAACCAUUGUGCAGGUGGUCAAGUAGUUUAUCUUGCACUGAGAACAUGCUGCUGCAGUGACUUCUGAUUCCUUCUCUUGGAGUACACUGGCUACAUUAUGGACACUGGUUCGCUUGACCGAAUUCUCUAGCUUGGACUUGGCGAUUGCUCAUUUCUAGAGUAUUUGAACCAAAGUUAGCAAAAGCAGUUCUCUGUCACCACCUCUGUUACCAGUUGCGUGCUAAAUGUAGCCCAACCUGGGAGUUCUUAGGUUUGGCAAGUUUUCUUACAUUUUUUGCUUAUAUGUGGGCUUAUUUUUUAUUCUCUCUUAAAAGAUGCUGUUUUUUGUAGGGCCUUCAUUUGUAAUUAUAGUAGGUUGUAGUAAAUGGAACGUGAUGGAGAACUCAAGUCAUAAACUUGGCAAAGCCACAUUUAAAUAACUUGGGGUGUUUUUGUUUGUUCUUAUUUUUGUUCUUUCACAUUCUCCCUGAUAGCAGCGAUUUCAUUUCAUUAGUAGUAUUCCUUCAUAGGAUUUCUCUAGAAAUUACUUAGUGGUACUGAUGGUUGUUCAUUUUAUUAAGCACCAGCUCUUAAAGGCAUUGCGUGGGAUUAUAAAGAGUAGAUUCAUAAUUCAGAGAUCAUCUCAAAUUAUGGUCUAGUUAAAAAAUGUGCAAAGGUCUGAAUAUAAAGCAUGGUAUAAUGACUGUGAUAAGACGGAUCAAAGAGCUAUAGGUAUCAGGAAGGAUGGGUUAUAAGUAAGCAAGUGUUGUCACAAAAUCCCUGAUGGUAUUUCAAACAAAACUGGAAAUAACAAAAUGAUGGGUGAAAUCUUCCUUUUAGAAAUCUGUAAAAUUUUUUUCUUAACACUUAAAGCUGGAUUCUGGGCAGCCACUUGCAACUUCUGGGUUAAGGAAUCGGGAAAUUUUGUGGAGGAGUUUUAGUUGGACCUCACAUAAUAGGCUUUCAAUCAGCACGGAGGAUUUCUUAGACGAUUAACAGGAUUUCAGGCCAAGAGUCAUAGUUCAGACCGUUUUUAAAGUUACGCUUUAAUUGAUGCAUAGUUUACUCAAAUGAUCCCCCCCCUUUUUAGGUCUUCAGUGUUAAGUGUGAACAGUUUAUGCAGUUGUGUGAUCAUCACCACAGUCUACACAGCAUUUUCAUCAACCGAGAGGGCUUCCUUUCCCCUGUUCUUUGUAGCAGGUCCUCUUGCCCCACUCCCCAGUGCUCUGCAACCACUUAACUUUGUCCUUCUGUUUUUGCUUUUUCCAGAAUGUCAGAAAUGGGAUGGUACUUACUGUAUGCGGUUUUGUAUCUGGUUUCUUUCAUUACUUUUAAGAUUUCAUCCAUACUGCACGUAUCAGUGCAUUCCUGUUGAUUGCUGGAUAAUGGUCCAUUAUGUAUGUACCAUAUUUGUUCAUGCAUUUAUUAGUUGCUAGGAAGUUGGGUUAUUUCCAGCUUUUGGCUAUUGUGAGUAAAACUGUUUGCAUGCAGACCUUUGUAUGGAUAUGGGUUUUUAUUUCUCUUGGGUUGUAGGAUACGUGCAUGUUGGAUUUUAGGAGAAGGUGCCAACUAGUUUUUCAAAGUACUGUACCUUUUUGCCGUCCCACCGGCAAUGUACAGGUGUUUUAGUUGCCCUGCAGCUCACCAAAACCUGGUAGUUACCCAUUUUUGUUUUCUGUUGGCCAUUGUAGUAGGUAUAUCUUAGUUCUUCAUUGUGGUUUCAGUUUACAUUUCGCGAAUGACUAAUACUUAGCGGUGUCAAGCAUCUUUUCUUGUGCCCGUUUGCCAUUCAUAUCUCCUCUUUGGCGAAGUGACUGGUCGCAUCCUUCACUCUUUUUAAAAUGAGUUUUAUCGUGGAGUUUAAGAGUCCUGGGUGUUCUGGAUCUAAGUUCUUACUGAGAUGCACGUUUUGCAAAUGUCCCCGCCUGCUGGCUUUCAUUUUCUUAAGAGUCUUUGUAAAAACAGAACUUUUAAAUACUGUAUAAGUCCAAUUUAUCCUUCCUUAAUUCCUUUAAUGGUUUGUACCUUUGGUGUUCAGGGCCAGUUUUGAUGGUCUCUUAAAGGGACAGCAAGGAGCGUAGUUUGGCUGGAGCAUGUUCUCUAAACUGUUAGAGAAACGGUUAAAGAAGGCUAUUUAGGUGAUACAGAAAAACACUUCAUAAGGUAGACCAUCUCCUUUUAGAGAGCUGCAAAACAGGGCAGAAGGCCACAAGCUUUUACAGGAUAAAGAAUAAAGAACAAGGGGAGACAAGUAGAAAAUGUCUGGUUGUCAGCCACGUAGACAACCUUGUUUGAGGUGAGAAGGCCCAGAGUUGGCUUGACGUUUGGCAUUUCUGGUCAAACCAAAAUUAACCUGACUUGGUUUGCUGAUGUGGCACUCCGGCCAGGAGUGGCUCCGUUUGGGUCCUAAAAUUUAUUUCAACGAUAUAGAGUAAGGACAGAUGAGGUUGUGAAGGUAGGUUGGGGUUGAGUCACGGAGGGCUUUGGAGGCCAGGUUGAGAGUGGAUCUGAGUUCAGCAGAGAGGAUAGAGUAGGAGGUGGGCAUUGGCCGCCGCUCGAAAAAAUACUAUAACCUAAGUAGUGAGAUUAAACUGAACAGAAGAGUAAGAGUGAAAGAGCAAGAGACAAAGUAGUGAUACAAAGAAAAAAUAGUGAUUAAAGACAGCUGGUUUAGCGUGUGAGUGAACGAAUGAGUGGCGUGCCAGUUGUGAAUCCAGACUUGAGAGCGUUUUAUGGAGACCCUAGCUGCCGCUAGAAGAAAAAUGGCAGAAAUUUACAGACAGAAUCCUUCGUAAGGGAAUGGGCGAGAUGAAGGAGAGACCGAGAGAGAGAACGAUUCUUGCCGCUUCGUGUUGCAGGAAGGUGGGAUGGAUGAGGGCUGUGCAUGUUGAAGAAGGCCACCGGCUUUGGUAGUUUGGCCUUCAGCCACCUUACAUAGGGAUUAAGGUGGAGGCUGCAAGCAGGUAGCCAAGAGAGCCGGAGGCAGCCUGCCCGUCUGCCUCACGUAGCCCUGAUGGGGCAUUUCAACCCAAAAUACCCGUAGGUCUGGCCAGGACAGGCCUUCCUGACGUUUAAGCGUGGCACUUGAGGUAAUCUGCUACUCUGGGGUUAUGGCUGCCCCCUGUAGGUAGGUGCCUCUUCUGGUUUGCCAGACCCCCUUGCCUUCAUUCACUCUGCCACCCCCCUGGCCUCUGUAGGCGAUGUUGAGUGAGAGAGGGUUUUGAAGUGGAAAAGACUUGCAAAGGCUACUUUUUACAAGAAGUCGUAUGGUUAGGAUUGAGAUCAAGAGGAGGGAUCCUGUUUUAGGGGCGCCUGGGUGGCUCAGUUUAUUGAGCAUCUGACUGAUUUCGCUUCACAUCGUGAUCUUUGGGUUUGUGGGUUUGAGCCCCGCUUCAGGCUCCAUGCUUCAGUGCAUUGCCUGCUUGAGAUUCUCUGUCCCUCUCUCUGCCUCUGCCCUGUUCAUCCAUCUUAACAUGUUGUGGGGGGAAAUUUCAAAUUAAUGUCUCAGGAGAGAGUGGGGUUGAGGCCAAGCUUGGUUGCGUUCACCUUAGAAAUGAGAAAAUUUCCUUAGAAAGAUAUUAGGAUAAAGAAGGGACAGUUAAGGGACCUCAACUCAAAUGGCCUCUUAGGGGGAGAGUGCAGGGAUCAAGUUCAGGCUUGAGGGAGGGGAGUAAGUAAUGUGUGAAGUUGACAAUGGAUUUCUUCUUUGGUUCCUCUUCUGUGGUCUUAGCCUGGGAAUGGAAAAAUCGGGAGAAGGCUGUGCAGCCUGAUAGGGGUGCCUAGGCGUGAAGAAAUGUGGUAAAAUCUUUAAGAUCUUGCCAUUAAAAAGAAUCAUUGAUGGCAGCUGUCCCCAUAAACUCAUCUAGUAUCUGUGAAUUUUCCUCCUGCCUUGUGCUUCUGUGAUGUUUGGUCAGUAGCAUUGGUGAAUACAUUCACUCCACAGUAAUGGUUGUGAUGUCUUUGCUGAGAAGCCUCUUCAUUUCAGCUCAUAGAUUCAUUUUUUAUAUGAAUCGUUGGGCAAUUGAAAUUUUGUCAUAGCCAGAUCUGAGGCCUGAUGAGUGAAAUGAGGCAUGCUCUCAAUUUUAGGGAGUGACUUACUUAACAACCCUUAAUGAAUGGAAAUUUAUUUUGAUGCUUACAGAGGUGUGUGUUGUUUUACUUUAGAUGUAGAAUUGCUAAGAAGUAGAAUUGCUAAGGCUAGAUUGUGGGCAAUAUUUCAGCCUUAUUGCACUAGGUCUGUUUAGUGUCUUAUCAAAGAACCUUGUAUUUGAUUCAUAGGAUUUACCUACCAGGGCUAACGUUGUUCUUUAAAAGGGAAACAUUUUAAUUUUUGAGGAAUGAUAAACUCGUCAGUAAAUUGUAGCAGAAAUGAUGAGAAAUUUCAUCUCUGAAUGGUGAUCAUGUAUGUAUGACAUUACUUGAGUAUAUUUGCCCUUAAUUGUACAAUCUCAGUUCUCCUUAGUGUAAAAACAUACAGUACUAUUUUGUAAAAUACUUAAACAUUGUUAAAGCUUUGUAUUUGGUGGUUUUGUGUAAUCAUUACUUCCCCAGAUUAAUUAAUGAAAGAAAUUUCUUUGAUUUAAGAUCGUUAAUGUUUUAUUAUUUACCUUUUUACAUUUAAGAGGGGCUGUAUUGAUGAUGUUGAAGAUAGUUUUUAAGCUUUGAAUGUCUGUCUGCACUUGCCUUCUGGAGACCUUUAAUCGCCUUCAAGAAAUAUAGGACUUUGUACAGAAACUAAUGACUGAUUGCUUUAGAGUUGUCCCUUUAAAAUAAUGUAAUUAUUAGGAUCCGCUCAUGUCAACUCUGGUACAAGAUGUCUUGUUUGCAGGGUGAAACACAUUUCCCCAUUUUUGCUUUAUUAGUGGAGAAGUGUAAUAAUGGGUACCUUUUAUUGUAGAGGACUGACACGAGUCGAUUGCUCUUGCAGGUUGUGGUCAUGUUUUCACUAAGAAAUAGUAAGAUAGACUGAAGGCAGUAGAAAUGAUCAGGCAUGGUGGAGGAAAAGAGAAAGCAAUCAAUAGCGACUUUUAAAAUAGUUCAUGGGAACUCUUCAGAGUCCUUUAUCAGAACCGAACCUUACAACUCUGGGGUAUAUUCCAUUAUUUCCAUUUUUCUGGGGUGGAGGGGUACUGAGUUCCAAGGUCCUGUGGCCACUUAACAGCACAACUGGCUAUUCCUUACUCUGCCUAAGGGCCCCUGUACUACAUGAUUUUCCCCUGAGCUGUCUACCAGGGAGCUUGGAUAUAUAAAGCCAGUUUGGAGUUUUUGAUCUGCUGCGUGGUCCUAAGAUUGUGAUGCCCGUAAGUUUAGAGCACUAUCUGAAUUGUGUAUUAGGCAUCUCUAUGACCACAGUUUUCCAUUCUGGUUUAAUGUUCACCAGAAAAUGGAAAGGGGACUUUAUUGUAUCCCUGGUCCUCUCCUUAAGUGGGGCUGUAAGGGUCUGAUAAGGAUACCUUUUUUUAACUGGUAAUUUGUUUAUUAUAGUGUGGGUUUUCAGUGCAACCUUCUCCUGAUUGUGUUUUCAGAAUGGAUCAGUGAAUAUAAUCUGAAGGGAAGUCUGAAGCGAACAUAAUCCAAAAGUCAUUUGUUCAGUUUUGGGAUUAGAAAUAUUUCCAACCGGGGUGCCUGGGUGGCUCAGCCAGUUGAGUUGUACAAUCCUUGAUUUUGGCUCAGAUGAUGAUCUCCUCAUUCAUGAGAUCGAGUCCCCGCAUCAGGCUCUGUGCUGAGCACACGGAGCCUAUUCAGGAUUCUGUCUCUCUCUCUCUCUCUCUCUCUUCCUCCCACACUUGCAUGUACUCUCUCUCUCGCGCGCUUUCAAAAUAAAUAAACUUAAAAAAUAUACUAGUGAGAAAUGUUUGCAAACCAAAGUGAAGCGUGUUUAUUUCCUCCUGCUCAUUCACACUAAACUGCUUUUCCCCGUGACUUGGAGCCAUCGUGAUGAUAGAUUGUCUCUCUCAUUUCUCUACUUUCAGUACAGAGUAUUUGAGGCUGUUUUUCUCCACCAGGCUGGGCGUCCUAGAGCUGUGUUGCUUGUCUCUGUCCCUAGUACCUAACCCUAGGCCUGGUAUGAAGUAACUCUUCAGCAGAUAUUUUACAAAUACGACUUCUGUGGCUUUCUUGGGUUUGGUUUUUUAUAUCACUGUUCCCUUAUUACUGGCAGUGAUAGAACUUAAGACUUCCUACUCUUUUCACCCAUUAGACUAAAAAGCAGAUUGUUCAAGGGUAUGUAAUGGAAUGGGGCAAGAAUAUGAUGUAAUGCACUUUGGUAAACAGACCGGAUUUUAUUUUUUCCUUUUCCAAUCAGGUUUUAAACCCCAUCUCUGCCCUUACCCAGCAGUAAGAUUGUGGAUUUGUGACUUACCCUAACCUGAUUCCUCAUUUGUAUAAGGGGAGGCUUGAUUAUAGUACUUUACAUAAAGUGUUCGGUUCACUAAAUGAAAUAACCCAGAACUUCUGGUCCAAUGGAUGCCCAUAAUUGACAGCUUUUCCUAUUCCACUGUUAAACAUAUGAAUUAAGUAGGUAUUUUGUGGGGGCCUUAAUAAAGCUCUAUUUUUUUUUUUUUUUUUAAACGUAUUUGUUUUGAGAGAGGGGCAGGGGAGGAGUGAGAGAAUCCCAAGCAGGCUCCCCGCGGGCAGCACUAGCAGUGUGGAGCCUGACGUGGGGUUUGAACUCCUGUACCGUGAGAUCGUGACCUGAGCCGAAACCAGGAGAAUCAGCCACGUAAUCAACUGAGCUAUCCCGGCGACCCAAACCUCUGUUCUUUAUAUGGAACUUGAAAUAAUUAUUGUGACCUCUUUCCAGAGAUCGGUCUUGCUUUUUCCCUGACUCUUUGGAUUCUCGUGAAGUCCCUUGGAAAGAGAUUCCCCUGUGUAAACAUCGAUACUCUGCUGUGACCAAGACAAGCAGAUCUGCGUCACCUGAAUGCUUUCCCUUCUUGAUUUCAUGGUAGGGGAUGCUUUCAGGGAAGUAUCCGGAAUGUAUU